GCCCCGAGGACCUUGCUGCUCCGGCGCGGCCGCCAGCCACAGCCUUCUCUCUGGCAGCAGCGGCUGCGCGGCGACCCCCCAUCAUCCUUCCACCGCCCCUGGCCACCCCGUCUCCCGCAGCCUUCCUCAUCUCAGCUUCACGCCCGGCCUGGCCGGCCGCGGCCCUCCUCGGUGCCGGCAGCCAUGGCAGAGGCGUCCGGCGCGAGGAAAAUCUAGCCCGGGGAUUUCAUGCGGCCUAGCUCGGUUCCGUCUCCUCCCCCCCGCAGCCCCGGCGGCUGCCCGCACCCCAGCCCCACUCCGGGCCUCCGUGUCUCUCCUGUGAUCGUACUGACACGGCCGGGGGGUUAGAAUGGAACAAACUGAAGGCCCGAUGCGAGAAAGGGAAAGUUAAGGAUGCUGGAGCAGAACAAUGGAUUUCUCUUUCUCUUUCAUGCAAGGGAUCAUGGGAAACACAAUUCAGCAACCACCUCAACUCAUUGACUCCGCCAACAUCCGUCAGGAGGAUGCCUUUGAUAACAACAGUGACAUUGUUGAAGAUGGUGGCCAGACACCAUAUGAAGCUACCUUGCAGCAAGGCUUUCAGUAUCCACCUACAACAGAAGAUCUUCCUCCACUCACAAAUGGCUAUCCACCAUCGAUCAGCAUGUAUGAAACUCAAACCAAAUACCAGUCAUAUAAUCAGUAUCCCAAUGGGUCAGCCAAUGGCUUUGGUGCAGUUAGAAACUUUAGCCCCACUGACUAUUACCAUUCAGAAAUUCCAAACACAAGACCACAUGAAAUUCUGGAAAAACCUUCUCCUCCGCAGCCACCACCUCCUCCUUCGGUACCACAAACUGUGAUUCCAAAGAAGACUGGCUCACCUGAAAUUAAACUAAAAAUAACCAAAACUAUCCAGAAUGGCAGGGAAUUGUUUGAGUCUUCCCUUUGUGGAGACCUUUUAAAUGAAGUACAGGCAAGUGAGCACACAAAAUCAAAGCAUGAAAGCAGAAAGGAAAAGAGGAAAAAAAGCAACAAGCAUGACUCAUCUAGAUCUGAAGAGCGCAAGUCACACAAAAUCCCCAAAUUAGAACCAGAGGAACAAAAUAGACCAAAUGAGAGGAUUGACACUGUGUCAGAAAAACCAAGAGACGAUCCAGUACUAAAAGAGGAACCCCCGGUUCAGCCAAUAUUAUCUUCUGUUCCAACAACAGAAGUGUCAGCCGGUGUUAAGUUCCAGGUUGGCGACCUUGUUUGGUCUAAGGUGGGAACCUAUCCUUGGUGGCCUUGCAUGGUUUCAAGUGAUCCCCAGCUCGAGGUUCAUACCAAAAUUAACACAAGAGGUGCCCGGGAAUAUCACGUCCAAUUUUUUAGCAACCAGCCAGAGAGGGCCUGGGUUCAUGAAAAGCGAGUACGAGAGUAUAAGGGUCAUAAACAGUAUGAAGAAUUAUUGGCUGAAGCAACCAAACAAGCCAGCAAUCACUCUGAGAAACAAAAGAUUCGGAAACCCCGACCUCAGAGAGAACGUGCUCAGUGGGAUAUUGGCAUUGCCCAUGCAGAGAAAGCAUUGAAAAUGACCCGAGAGGAAAGAAUAGAACAGUAUACUUUUAUCUAUAUUGAUAAACAGCCCGAGGAGGCUUUAUCCCAAGCAAAAAAGAAUGUUGCCUCCAAAGCCGAAGUUAAGAAAACACGAAGACCAAGGUCAGUGCUGAAUACUCAGCCAGAACAGACCGAUGCAGGUGAGGUGGCCUCCUCACCAUCAAGUACUGAAAUUCGGAGACAGAGCCAGAGGCGGCACACAAGUGUGGAAGAGGAAGAACCACCUCCUGUUAAAAUAGCCUGGAAAACGGCUGCAGCGAGGAAAUCUUUACCAGCUUCCAUUACAAUGCACAAAGGGAGCCUGGAUUUGCAGAAGUGUAACAUGUCUCCAGUUGUGAAAAUUGAACAAGUGUUUGCUCUUCAGAAUGCUGCAGGAGAUGGGAAAUUUAUCGAUCAAUUUGUUUAUUCAACGAAGGGAAUUGGUAACAAAACAGAAAUAAGUGUCAGGGGACAAGACAGACUUAUCAUUUCCACACCAAACCAGAGAAGUGAAAAGGCAACUCAGAAUGUAUCAUCUCCUGAAGCAACAUCUGGUCCUACAGGCUCAGUAGAAAAGAAGCAACAGAGAAGAUCAAUUAGAACUCGUUCUGAAUCAGAGAAAUCCACUGAGGUUGUGCCAAAGAAGAAGAUCAAAAAGGAGCAGGUUGAAACAGUUCCUCAGGCUACAGUGAAGACUGGAUUACAGAAAGGUGCCAGCGAGAUUUCAGAUUCCUGUAAACCUCUAAAGAAAAGGAGUCGCGCCUCCACUGAUGUAGAAAUGACUAGUUCAGCAUACAGAGACACGUCUGACUCCGAUUCUAGAGGACUGAGUGACCUGCAGGUAGGCUUUGGAAAGCAAGUAGAUAGCCCUUCUGCUACUGCAGAUGUAGAUGUUUCUGAUGUGCAGUCCGUGGAUUCAAGUUUGUCAAGAAGAGGCAUUGGAAUCAGUAAGAAGGACACUGUGUGUCAGAUCUGUGAAAGCUCUGGUGACUCUCUGAUUCCUUGUGAGGGAGAGUGCUGCAAACACUUUCACCUGGAGUGCCUGGGAUUGGCAUCACCCCCUGAUGGAAAGUUCAUCUGUGUGGAAUGUAAAACCGGACAGCACCCAUGUUUUUCAUGUAAAGUGUCUGGUACAGAUGUGAAGCGUUGCUCUGUUGGUGCUUGUGGGAAAUUUUAUCAUGAAGCCUGUGUUCGCAAAUUCCCCACUGCCAUCUUUGAAUCAAAAGGAUUCCGCUGUCCCCAGCACUGUUGCUCUGCCUGUUCCAUGGAGAAAGAUAUCUACAAAGCAAGUAAAGGUCGCAUGAUGAGAUGUUUGAGAUGUCCAGUAGCCUAUCACUCUGGAGAUGCUUGCAUUGCUGCCGGAAGCAUAUUUGUAUCCUCAUACAUUCUCAUCUGUAGUAAUCAUUCCAAACGGAGCAGCAGUUCAUCCUCUGCCAUAAAUGUAGGCUUUUGUUUCGUUUGUGCUAGAGGGCUGAUAGUUCAGGACCAUUCAGACCCCAUGUUCAGUUCAUAUGCCUAUAAGUCCCACUACCUACUGAAUGAAUCAAAUCGUGCAGAGUUGAUGAAAUUACCUAUGAUUCCUUCUUCGUCAGCUUCCAAAAAGAAAUGUGAGAAAGUUAUUAAGACUGUUUAUUUGUUUCAAGGUGGAAGAUUGCUCUGCUGUGAAUCGUGCCCGGCUUCCUUCCACCCAGAAUGCCUGAGCAUAGAAAUGCCAGAAGGCUGCUGGAAUUGUAAUGACUGUAAAGCUGGCAAGAAACUACAUUACAAGCAGAUUGUUUGGGUCAAAUUGGGAAAUUACAGAUGGUGGCCAGCAGAGAUCUGCAAUCCCAGGUCUGUGCCACUGAACAUCCAGGGCCUUAAGCAUGACUUGGGGGACUUCCCUGUGUUCUUCUUUGGUUCUCAUGACUACUAUUGGGUACACCAGGGCAGAGUGUUCCCUUAUGUUGAAGGAGACAAAAGUUUUGCUGAGGGACAGACUAGUAUUAACAAGACCUUCAAAAAAGCACUGGAAGAAGCUGCAAAACGUUUCCAGGAAUUGAAAGCACAAAGAGAAAGCAAAGAAGCACUUGAGAUUGAAAAAAACUCAAGAAAACCCCCUCCUUACAAACACAUCAAAGCUAACAAAGUAAUAGGAAAGGUGCAGAUCCAUGUUGCAGACCUGUCAGAGAUCCCCCGCUGUAACUGCAAGCCUGCUGAUGAGAACCCGUGCGGCCUGGAGUCGGAGUGCCUAAACAGGAUGCUGCAGUACGAGUGCCACCCGCAGGUGUGCCCGGCUGGAGAGCGGUGCCAGAACCAGUGCUUUACAAAGAGGCUCUACCCUGAUGCAGAAAUCAUCAAAACAGAACGGAGAGGCUGGGGCCUCAGGACCAAAAGGAGCAUUAAGAAGGGUGAAUUUGUAAAUGAAUAUGUCGGUGAAUUAAUUGAUGAAGAAGAGUGCAGAUUGCGAAUCAAGCGAGCCCACGAGAACAGUGUAACUAAUUUUUAUAUGUUAACUGUUACCAAGGACCGUAUAAUUGAUGCUGGCCCCAAAGGAAAUUAUUCUCGCUUUAUGAACCACAGUUGUAAUCCAAACUGUGAAACACAAAAGUGGACAGUGAAUGGAGAUGUUCGAGUUGGACUUUUUGCUCUUUGUGAUAUUCCUGCAGGGAUGGAGUUAACAUUUAAUUAUAACCUGGAUUGUCUGGGCAACGGCAGAACGGAAUGCCACUGUGGAGCAGAGAACUGCAGCGGCUUUCUGGGAGUGCGGCCGAAGCCAACAUGUGCGUCAACAACUGAAGAAAAGGCCAAAAAUGCUAAAUUAAAGCAGAAGAGGCGAAAAAUCAAAGCAGAACCAAAGCAGAUGCAUGAAGAUUACUGUUUUCAGUGUGGAGAUGGUGGAGAGCUGGUCAUGUGUGACAAAAAAGACUGUCCCAAAGCAUACCACCUCUUAUGCCUUAACCUGACUCAGCCACCGUAUGGAAAGUGGGAGUGCCCGUGGCACCAGUGCGGGGAGUGCGGCAGCGCCGCCGUCUCCUUCUGCGAGUUCUGCCCGCGCUCCUUCUGUAAAGAUCACCGAGAGGGCGCUCUGGUUCCCUCGGCCCUGGAAGGCCGGCUCUGCUGCUCGGAGCACGACCCCGAAUCUCCUGUGUCGGCAGAGUACUGGAGCAAGAUCAAAUGCAAGUUGGAAUCGCAGGAUCGUGGAGAAGACCUGAGAGAAUAAAUGGGUGGUGAUUUCUUUUUUUUCUUUUUAUUGAAAUGACAAAAAGAAAAGAAAAAAGGGGAAUCGGUGACGCGUUAGUGGAAGAAGAGCCGGCUGCGGUGCGCGCGGCCUUGGCCUUCAGCGCUGCCUUACUGAAGUGCGAAUGGGGAGCCGGGUGGCGCGGGCAGGAGCAAUUGCUGGGAUCUGGUUCUGUUUUGUCAGCUUGCGGCCUCUUCUGUAGCGGGCCAGAUUCCCUUGGUCUUUUCUUGCCUUUUAUUGUGCUUCAAUGCCUUUGCAGCUGGAAAAAGAGAUGUCUUCGCUUUUAGAAGAGAAAGUUAUGUUAAUGAGAUAAAUUUGAAGUCUAGGAUGUGUUCCUUGGGUGUAAAAAGCAAAAGUAGCCAUCAUUCCUUUAUUUAUUUUCUUUUUUUUUUUUUUUUUAUCUUAAGAAAUGUAGUCAGGUAGUCUGUUCAGUGUGCGUGUGCGUCUCACGUAGGAGCUGGAGCAGGCCCUCUGGAAAAGGCUCUGAUGAUCUUCAUAUACCUCUUUGCUGAGCAGUAGGGAGGCUGACUUCUCUUUCCCUUCAGAAUGUCUUUCAUAGUUUCAGAGAAGGGCUUUAUGGGAGUAUUGGAUCUGGCCUCUUGAGAACAAAAUGCCUCAGUGGAUUUUACCUCUGUGGUCUUAACCUAGGUGGGCUUUAUGACGUGAUAACUCUACCUAGAAAGGAAUGUAAUGUGGUUUUGGGUUUUGGAGAAAGACAGAAGGGGGUGCGUUCACUGAGUUGGAAAUAUUUUCCAUUGAUCGUGGACAUUUUUGAUGAAGUGUGUUUAUGUGGACGUGAGUGGUCAUCCCCCCUCUAUCCUGGCACACUGACAAAGGCAGAUAACAGGAGACGAGAGGCCCAGACCAGACACUGUAUCAUACAAGCACCAUUUUCUGUUCAGUAUAGUGGAGCCCCCUCGUCCAUCUUGGAGAGAAUUAAGGGCAUUUCCUCUCUUGUCUCUGCUUCCCUGUCCCAAUCAAACAUUCCCUUUGUCAGCUCGCUGGCCGCUCAGCCAUGUUUCGUAGUGGGAACUACACAAAUGAAUCUGAGCUGUAUCUGAGUAGGUUUCUUGGUUUAGUUCCUAAUUUGGGGGGCAGAAGGGGUAGGGGCAGCCCCAAGUUCUAUGUAGACAAUUUAUAUCUCGUAUUAUCUAGUAACCAACAUCGCCCCCAUUGAGGAAGGGGGACACUUCUACAGGGUAGGUAAGAGCCACACAAACACACUUCGUUGUAGGAAGCACUUAGGGAAGCUCCCGAGAAAGCAGCGUUAGCAAAAAUGGUUGGUGGUGAUGCUUGGAUCUCACAGAUGCAAGUGUACCAAGGUGUCUGCCCACAAAAUUCACUUGCAUUUCAUGUUUAGGAAUAUGUAUAUUCCAGUAUUCCUGGUAUGAAGUAAUUAGUCAUGUCAGACCUUGUUGUAACACUGUGCUAAGUAGAAGUCUAGGGCUAGCUUGAAUGAACUAUAACUUUCUCUGUGGAUUCUGACUGCUUACAGUUGCUGAUACCUGGUAGCAUUUAUUUUCCCUCAAGAAGUUUCUAGGAACCUUAUGAAGGUUGAGAGAGUAGAUGCUCGGCCACAUUCCUUCGGUUGUGUCACGCGUGUUCCUUUUUUCUUGUCAAUUUAGAGUUCUUCUCUGGAAAAAAGAAGAAACACUGUUUUGUGCCUCUUUUUUUAAUGUAAAUGUGUAAUCGUACUGGGUUUUCUCUUGUAAAAAAAAACAAACAAAAACCACACUACACUUCCUUUACUUAAGCUCCUAAACUGC